AUGGAAGAAACAAUUGAAAAAUUUAGAAGAACGACGGAGUAGCAAAUUCAAGUAGCUGAACAUUCUUGCGAGUAAGUAGUUGAGCGAUUAUUAUUUAGUUAUUGUUUAUAAUCUGAUGUAAAUGCUGUUGCACAAUGUUUAACAUGCAAGAGAUGGUACUGCAACAGUGCAACAAAGAGCGGAUCACACAUAAUACUUCACUUGAUUAAGAAUAAGCACAGUUAAAUCAGUUUGCAUAGCAAAAACAAGGUGGAAAUAACAACUAUUGAGUGCUAUGGUUGUGAAUAGAAAAAUUUGUUCACUCUUGGACAAGUGAAUGGUACAAAUAAAGAAAACAUUUUGAUUCUUUGCCGAGGCUGUCUCCCAUUGAGACAAUUGGGAGAGAUCACUUGGGACUCAAAUGAUUAUUAGCCACUAAUCAAGGACAAGAGUAUUUAGGAAUGGUUAUUGGGUUAGGGAGAUAAAAUAAAUUCACGUAUGGUUACUUUGGAACGUAUAAAUCAGUAUGAGGAGGAAAGGAAGAAAAAGGAGGGAUUGAAAUUUGACGAUUUGGAUAGAAAAGGUCCAAAUCAAUAACUAAAGGAAGUGUAGUUGCGAUACAAAGACGCUAAUCACUAUCAGCAAGUAUUUUCACCACUAGUCAAAUUGGAAGAAGAGCAAGAUAAGUAAGUGAAGGAAGGACAAGUAGUAUAAAGUGUGAAAGUGAAAUGGGAUUUGAGUUUGAAGAAGAAGAGAUUGGCCUACUUUUUAUAUGGAGGCAGAGAAGAGUUUGACACAAAUACUCUGUUGGGAAGUGAGAUGUAGUUGAGUUUAAAAAAUGGGAAUUACAAUUGGUAAUCAAAAGGAACUGUGAUCAAAGUAAUUAAUAAUGAGGAAAUCUGUUUGGAAUUACAUCAGAAUGAUCCUCCUCCUAAUAAUAUAGAGGAAGGGUAUACAGUUGAAUGCAUCUGGGUGUCUACAACCUUUAAAAGAAUGCAAAUAGGAUUAAAGACAUUUCUUACACAAAGUAGUUCCACUAGUAAUUAUCUGUAUAAGAUGAUCUUGGGAAGAAUCGAUACUUUAGCUCCUCCAACAGCAGUGGAGAGUAUUCCACAGAAGCUAUCUGCUCCAAAUCUACCGGAUUUAAAUGUUUAUCAAGCAGAUGCAGUUAAGAAAGCUUUGAAGUCUCCAUUGUCAUUGAUAUAAGGUCCACCUGGAACUGGUAAGACUGUUACCAGUGCCACUAUUGUUUAUCAAUUAGUGAAGGCUAUGGAAAAACAAAAACAAAGAGGAUAGAUCUUGGUUUGUGCACCAAGUAACAUUGUUGUUGAUUAAUUGGCUGAAAAGAUUAACAAAACAGGUGUCAAAGUUGUCAGACUCUGUAGUAAAACAAGAGAAAGUGUUAGUACAAAUAUUGAAUUUCUGACAUUGCACAGUUAGGUGCGAAGUUUGGAUAUACCAUAAUAUCAUCAAUUAUAAGCAUUUUAUGAAUUGUUAGAUUAACAAGGAGAAUUAGAUUAAAAGGAUGAAUAAGUAUUCAUUAGAAUGAGAGAUGAGGCAGAGAAGGAAAUUAUUGAGUAAGCUGAUAUCAUAUGUACUACGUGUAUUGGAUCAGCUGAUAAAAGACUUAAAGAAAUGAGAUUCUUAUUUGUUUUGAUUGAUGAAGCAACUCAAGCUAUAGAGCCAGAGUGCUUAUUACCAAUGUUAAAGGGAGCCAAACAUGUAAUCUUGGUAGGAGAUCAUAGACAAUUGGGUCCUGUUGUUUAGAGUAGAGAAGCAGCUUCGGUUGGCUUGGACAGAAGUUUGUUUGAAAGAUUAGUACAAUUAGGAAUAAGACCUGUUAGAUUGUAAGUUCAAUAUCGUAUGCACCCUGAAUUAACUGUCUUCCCAUCCAACACAUUUUAUGAAGGUACCUUGCAGAAUGGAGUCACUAUAAGUGAUAGAACUCAUUCUGGCAACUUCCCUUGGCCAAAUAAGCAAAAGCCUAUGAUAUUCAUUAAUGUAACUGGCCAAGAGUAACUAUCUGCAUCAGGCACCUCAUAUCUUAACACCCAAGAAGCAGUUGCUGUAGAAUAGGCAGUUUAUUACCUUUAUCAGAACACCGUUAAAUUAAACAAAAUUGGAAUCAUCACUCCCUAUAAAGGACAACGCACAUACAUACUUUCAUAUCUAUAAAGGAAUGGACAAUUACCUUACAAUCAAUAUAGAGACAUCGAAGUUGCUUCUGUGGAUGGCUUCUAAGGUAGAGAGAAGGAUUUCAUUAUCAUUUCUUGUGUCCGUUCAAAUGACACUCAAGGCAUUGGUUUCUUGACCAACCCAAGAAGAUUGAAUGUCACCAUCACCAGAGCCAGAUAUGGAUUGAUCGUCAUUGGAAAUGCUAGAGUAUUGAGUAAAGAUAAUCUUUGGAACAACAUGUUAAAUCACUUUAAGGAUCUGGACUUGUUGAUGGAGGGUUCAUUGCCUAAUCUUAAAUCCAGUCAGAUGAAAUUUAGACCACCUUAAAAGUUUAUCCCAGAAAGACGUAAUAACACUAUGAAUGGUAACAACGAUGAAAAGAGUGUGUAUUCUUAUGCUCAGACGGAUAACCUUAAUCAAUUUGAUCAUGAUUUGGGAGAGUUCCCAUUAACAAAGGGAGUUAGGAACAGUGAAUUUGGAUUCAAUUUUAUACCUGAUACUCAGGCAUUCAUAAAGGUUGCCGAUUAGAAUGAAAUUAGGAGAAAUUAAGAUUUACAAGAGAUUGACCAAUCCAAUGUUAUCAAUAUCGGAUAACCUCCUUCGUCAAUCAUGUAAAUUGGAACAUUCCAAAAUGAUUUACAAUUAGAUGUUUGA